UUAAACACUCUCACAGUUGGACUUGAAAACCUCACAGACAUAGAAUAUAUCGAUGUGACUGAGUACGGGCAAAACACAACUGGAAGUAUUGAUCAUUGAUAUCGAUCGGUUAUUCAACAUGCGGCUCCACCUGCACUGUUUGUGGACCUGCUGGACAUUUACUUUUCUCACCGCAGGAACCCCUGCUAAGCCGGAGGGGGGAGCCGUGCCGCCCGGUCACCGACAGGACCUCCAGCCCGUUCGGACACAGCAGAGAUCCGGCAGAAAAACAGCCAUAGCCGCUCCUGCUCCACCAGAGCCUGGGCUGGAGGAGAGCAGAGCCGGGGAGAAACUGCAGGGAGGCCGCAGGAGAGAAUCUCUGAGCGGCCCUCAGGUCUGUGGAGAACAGUGUUGUGCCAGAUGGACUGCGUCGUCGUCAACAAAACCUAAAAAAUGCACCAAGCCCAGGUGUUUUCCUGGCUGCCAUAAUGGUGGCCUCUGUCGUUGGGGGAAUCGCUGUGUUUGUCGCCGAGGUUUCCAUGGAUACCGCUGUGAGUUUUCCACAGUGACCGUGUCUCUGCCAGGACAACCGCUGACCUUCAUUCCUCCAACCAUCACAGCCCACCAACACCAGGCUCCUCCAAACCUGAGCUCCUCCCUGCAGAGCAUAACCAAACUGACUCAGAGCAGCGUGACUCCGCCCACCCUCACCACAGUCUCCACCUCACUGAGUCCUUCACCUGAGACUUCCAGCCCAAACUUUGGUCCUGAUCAGUCAGUAAACAAUGGACUUCAGACUAAUGUGUUUUUGGUAAAUGAACAGAGAAGAAUGGACCUGACAGACGAUGAGGUCAAGAUAAAGGUCACAGGUCACCGGCCUGAGUCUAACUCUGAGUUUAUUGACCUUCAGCCCUGGGAAGUAGAGGGUGGAGACAAAAAGAAGGACACAGAGGUCACUGAUAGAAGCCCAGGGUCUGAGACAAAGAACAGUCCAACUGAAAACCAGAAUCCUUCAGGGUCUGAAGGUUCAGAAGAUUUAAAGUCAGGAGGAGAAGGUAUAAUCCCUCAGUCUGACUCUAUGGAGAGAUUGGAUCCAGACUCAGACUCUGAUGUUAGUCCUGAGGUCAAGACUGAACACUAUGGUGGGUCUGAAUCUGAACAUGAGCAUUUUAAAACGGACCUCACAUUAACAGUUAGAGGAAGUAAAAAGUUUCAUGUUGAUCAAAAAAGUUUGGAUCCUGAGUCUCAGCCUGAAGAGGAGAAGGAGAUAAGAGUAAGGACUGAGAGGACGAAAACAAAGGACCAAGGAACCAAAAGAGCGAAGAAGCAGCAGCUGAGUCUGAGGGAGGCCCAGGCAGUUCUGCUGAGAAAGACCCUGUCCCAGAGAGGACGAGGAGACAGGAUGGCUGCUCUGCUGCUGAAGCACAUCGAGAAGGAGAGGAAGAAACUACACAGCAUACUUCCAAACUCCAAUUCAUCAUCUUCUUCAUCAUCAUCAUCAGUGAAAACCAGUGUCAGGAGUUUCCACACUCAGAAGGGACAGUACACCGUCCACAUCACUGCCCCUAAAGCUGAUGGACAGACGGCUACAGGAGGAGGACAUGGUGGAGGAGGAGGAGGGGUGGAGACCAUACAGGUGAUGUUCACACCCACUAUCUGCAAGGUGCGCUGCAACCAGGGCCGCUGUGUCAACUACUGCGAACGAGGCAACGUGACCACGCUGUACAGCAGCGACGCUGAAGGAGGAGGAGACGAUGCAAGAGGAAGGAGAGACGGUUCACAUGGACCAGGCUUCAGAGUCUUCCUCUGCCCUCUGCUCUGUAAGAACGGCGGUGUUUGCCUGCAGAAGGACCGCUGCCUCUGCCCCCCCAACUUCACCGGAAAGUUCUGUCAGAUCCCAGUUGCCCCAGCCUCGGCCUCGGCCAGGCCAGCUGUUGCUCCACCAGCCUCAUCCAAUGAGAUCUUCAAGCCUGUGGUUCUCGCCUCCUCUGCAGCCAAUCAGGAAGUGACUCAGACAGAGUUUCUCCUGCCCCUGGGUCAGAACCAGGAGGUGGGGCAGCCAGGGGCUCCUAGUCCUUCCAUGGUGAAGGUCAGAGUGCAGCACCCCCCUGAGGCCAGUGUGAAGAUCCACCAGGUGGUAAAGGUGUCUGGACGCAGUCCUCCCCUGCAGACACUCUCCUUCUCCCCAUCUUCUGGAUCAGCAGGGGCUCCAGCGCCACCUGGUGUGGGUGUUCAGGCUCAGACAGUGAGGGGUGACGGCACGUACACAGAGCACUCUGGAUUCAAGUACUGCUUCAGAGAGGUCAAAGACGGACAGUGUAGUUCUCCAUUACCUGGACUGAGGAGCAAAGAAAUGUGCUGCAGAGGCCUUGGAAAGGGCUGGGGGAUCACUGACUGUGUCCGCUGUCCUGAAAAUACAGGUCGAAGCAACAGCAGUUGUCUCUCUGGGUUUGAGCGAAGCAACGGAACACAGUGUGUUGAUGUGAAUGAGUGCCUCCAGCCGGGGCUGUGUGAGAACGGGAUCUGUGUGAACACCAGGGGGAGCUAUAGCUGUGUGUGUAAGGCGGGGUUCAUCCUCGAUGCCUCACACGGAAUCUGCAUUUCCCAGACUGUGAUAUCAGAGGAGAAGGGUCAGUGCCACCGUGUCCUGGGGUCCGGUCAGGGUCCCAACUCCUGCUCUUUGCCAAUCCUUAGGAACAUCACCAAACAAAUAUGCUGCUGCAGUCGAGUGGGCAAAGCCUGGGGCACUGACUGUCAGAGGUGUCCGUACUUUGGCUCAGUGGCCUUUAAGGAGAUCUGUCCAGCUGGUCCUGGGUACCAUUACUCACUCUCUGCACUGCAGUUUAACCAGAGGGCGAACGAACAGCUGGGGAAUCGAGGAGCAUCAUUGUUGACCCCAAACAACCAGGACGGCCAGGAAUCUCCUGGAUUCACAGAGGGAGGAGCCUCCAGACCCAAGCAGCCCCCCUCUUCCUCUGGAGGGAUUGUAGAUGGAUUAAGUAACACAGCUGGCAGCACCAGCUCAGGAUCAGUUGGUACCAGUGGAACCCAGACCAGGCCAGGUCCAGCCCAGUCUCAGCUGCGUCCCCCUUUGGCUCCUCACAUCAAUCCACCCACCAGCUUUCCCUCCAACAGGUCAGGAACAAGAACUCAGGACAAAUCUCCAACUCCAGGCAGAACAGGGUCUCAGCAGAACCAACCAGUGUCAGUGCCAUCUUCCACAACACACCUGAGGCCACAGUCUCCGCCCACUAGAGCCCAAGGAGGUGGAACCUCAUCUGUGUCUCAGCCGGUUCCUCCUUCAGCCAGAGGAGACUCUCUGCCUGCUCCAGCUCAGCCACACAGGCAUGACCCCGGGUCCAGACUGAGUGAAGAGCUGCGACCUCUGCCCAACAGACCGGCUCUGAGCCCAACAACCAGACCUACCAGGCUCCAGACAAGGCAAAGUGUGUGUGACAGCCGACCUGGUGUGUGUGGUCGUGGCCGUUGUGUGGAUCAGGCAGAUGGUAAACACACCUGUGUGUGUGACCAAGGAUUCAAGCCCAACACACAACGCACAUCCUGCCAAGAUGUGAAUGAGUGUGCACAGUCUCCCAGUGUGUGUUCAGUGGGAGAAUGUGCCAACACCAUUGGAAGCUACAGGUGUGUGUGUCCGGCUGGAUACAGGAGCAACAGCCAGCAGACCAGUUGUCAAGACGUGGACGAGUGUGAGCUGACACCCUGCAGGAAUGGUCGAUGUGAAAACACAGCCGGCAGCUACAGGUGCCUCUGUCGCCCUGGUUACCAGCUGGUCGGCAGCACCUGCACAGAUGUGGAUGAGUGUGUUGACCCCCUGCAGUGUCCAGGUCAGGAGUGUAUCAACAGUCAGGGGUCAUACAGGUGCAGGUCAUGUCAGCCUGGAUACACACUCACCAACAGACGCUGCACAGACGUAGACGAGUGUCGUCAGGCUCCCUGUUCCAAUAGUCAUUGUGAAAACACACCUGGAAGCUACCGCUGUGUGUGUCACCAUGGUUACAGGCUCCAGAACAACACCUGCACAGACAUUGAUGAGUGUAGAGAACCGUCCCAGUGUCCUGGUCAGAUGUGUGUGAACUCUGUGGGUUCAUACAGAUGUGUUUCCUGUCGACCAGGAUAUAAACUGAGGAACAGACAGUGUACAGAUGUGAAUGAGUGUGAGGACAGUGGGUCGUGUCCUGGUCAGAAGUGUGUGAACACUGAAGGAUCCUACAGCUGUGUGGACUGUCAGCAGGGAUAUCACAUAGUGAAUGGAGUCUGUACAGAUGUAGACGAGUGUGUGCAGCACUCACAGUGUCCUGGUCAGCGGUGUGUGAACACAGUGGGGUCGUACCACUGUGUGUCCUGUCAGCCUGGAUACAGCGUCAGAGCCGGUUCCAGCUCCUGCCAAGAUGUAGACGAAUGCAACACCCCCGGUGUGUGUGAGGCUGAGGGAGUGUGUGUAAACACCAUCGGCUCCUACAGGUGUGACUGUCCACCUGGGUAUCGGAGCACAGGUCUGGGGAGAAAAUGUAGAGACAUCAACGAGUGUGUCAACAAGACAGUGUGUGGUGACCACGCCUUCUGUCAGAACGUGAUCGGGACGUACAUGUGUGUGUGUGACCAGGGCUUCACCUCCACACCUGAUGGAAAGUCCUGCGUGGAUGAGGACGAGUGUGAGUCGCUGCAGGGUGUGUGUGGCUCUGCCCGGUGUGAGAAUGUGGAAGGAUCCUUCAUGUGUGAAUGUGACCAGGGAGAGUUCGAGCCCACCACCAGGAGGUGUGUCAGCACUGCACGACCAGAACAUGUGGCUCCCAGAUACCCCUCUUCAUCUGCUACAUCCUCCUCUUCGUCCUCCUCCUCCUCCUCCAACACUGGUGUGGUUGGUUUUGAUCCUAAACACCCCCCACUUCCUCCAGCUCGUCCCGGUGAACUCAGGGAGUGCUACUAUAACCUGGCAGAGCGAGGAACCUGCAACCUGCUGGCCACCAACACCAGCCAGCAGGAGUGCUGCUGCACUGUGGGCGAGGCCUGGGGGCUGGGCUGUCAGUACCACACCUGCCCGUCACCUGACACAGCUGAGUUCCUGUCACUGUGUCCCAAUGGGAGAGGAUACAUUAUUACAGGACCAGGAGCCUUCAGCUACAGAGAUGUGGACGAAUGUAAACGUUUCCAUCCUGAGGUGUGUAAGAAUGGAGUGUGUGUCAACAACAUCCCCGGAUACAACUGCUACUGCUCCAGUGGUUAUGUUUAUAACAGCACCCUGCUGGAGUGUGUUGAUCAUGAUGAGUGUGAGGAGGAGACCUGUGUGGGUGGAGCCUGUGUGAACACGGUUGGCUCGUAUUACUGCAGCUGUCCACCUCCACUGGUGUUGGACGACACCCAGAGGAACUGUGUCAACUCCUCCCACCUGACUGUGGAUGAGAACCUGUCCAUGUGCUGGCAGCAUGUGUCAGCUGACCUAAUGUGUCAGAGUCCACUGAUUGGAGCCCAGGUCACCUUCACUGACUGCUGCUGUCUGUAUGGUGAAGGCUGGGGGAUGGAGUGUGCCCUCUGUCCUGCCACCGACUCUGGCGACUACGCCUACCUGUGCAGCUCCUACCAUCCUCCUCACUCACCUGGAUUUCCAGAUUCUUCAGAAACAGAUACAGGAGUGAGACCGGGUCGACGAGGAUCCAGCUCUCCUCCUCGUUUCCCUCCCUUCUUUCCAGAUUCCUUCCCCACUGCUCCGGAUUAUGAAGACUACUCUCCAGCAGGGGGCAAUCCUCCAGCCAGAGCCUUUCUUGAGCCUGAUUACAACACUGGCUUCUUCACGGAGGGAGACUACAGCCCCCCUGAUGGUACUCAACCUAGACCGCCAUCUUUCCGCAUCCCUCCUGACCCCCGUAGUGAGGCAGGGUUUGGUGCCCAACCUCUUCCACCACUGAGGCCUGAUGGUCCUCCUCUCAGCCUCGCACCAUUGCCUGUGGCUCCAUAUGAGGGGAGUAGGGAGGAGGAGGAUGAUGAGGAAACAUGGAGGCCACUGUUUCCUCCUUUCUCUGAAAGAAGCAGAGGAGGAGCAGGAGUUGGAGCCCCAAGGAGAGUGUAUGAACGACCCGUCUAUGCAGGUCUGAGCACAGCAGAGGAUUGUGGGAUACUGCACGGCUGUGAGAACGGCAGGUGUAUCCGUGUUGCUGAAGGUUACACCUGUGACUGCUAUCCUGGCUACGAACUGGACAUGACCUCUAUGACCUGCAUAGACAUAAACGAGUGUGAGGACAGAGUCAGGUUGGAGUUCCCGUGUGUGAACGCCCGCUGCGUGAACACCGACGGCUCUUUCCGCUGCAUCUGUAGGCGAGGAUACGUCAUGUCCCGCAGACUGAACCACUGUGUGGCAGCGUAGACUGGACCAGACUGAACCAUCACAACUGUUUGAACUGGUCCUAACAUUUAGAGACUGGACUAGAUGAUGACUGAAUACAGUGGCUUUUCACUUCGGUUCAGAUUUGACUAAAUAUCCUCGACCAGGAUCCAGGCCCAGUCCCAUUUCACCCCCGUCCCUGAGACUUACCCGGAGAAGUCUUCUACAAUCAGGUGGAAAGUGUCUCCUUUCAUUCUAAAGUGUAGGGAGAAGGUAAGAGUUUUAGACUGACAUGAGACAACAAGAGAAGGAACUGUCAACUAAAGUCAAUGUUCAUCUCUACAAACCUGUUGACAUUCUGCUGUAGACCACAGGAAAACCUUCAUACCAAACAGUGACCUCAGGUCAGACUAUAUCCUUACAGACCAGUGGACGAGAGGCAGCAAAAAACAUGACAAAAUAAAAAGACAGGAUUAAUAAUUAAUAUUAAAUCUAAUAAAAAUAAAUCAGAGCUCACACUGAUUCUUAAGAAAAACUAAAUCAUGCUUAUUCCUUUUUUCUCCGUGGGCUAGUACCAAAUGACCCACGAUCUGGUGUUGGUCCAGGGCCCAGUAUUUGGGCUCCUGUGAUGUCAGUUUUUCUGAUGGGUCAAAAUGAGAGAAAUCAAAAAUGUAUAAUUAAAAGUUAAUAUUGAUGUUUGUAGUUAGUAUUGACAUCACUCAGGUGUCACUUUUCUUACUGAUGAUGUUUCUGAUUAAGGUUUUUUUUAUAGAAAAGAAUUCAAUUCUGUAGAGAUGGAUUGUUGCCACAGAACCCUGUGACACCGCUUCAGGGAGAGAGGAAUCAGAAGAGGAAAGACAAAUGGAACUGGGCCACCAUGUACUGGACAAACAAAGUAGACUGCACUGAACUGAGCAUGAAGACUGUCACUGGUCUGUCGGAGACAAGACAGUGAGUUAAACCAAGAUCAGAACAUCAGAGAAUCAAAUCAACGUCCUCUGAUUUUUUAUUCAGGCCUAAAGACUUCAGGUCAAAGGUUCCAGUCACGAUCGAUGUGCUGUAAACAGAAAUCCUUACUGUACCUACUGUGUGUGAAACCUUGUGUUGUUCAUGUUCACUGUGUUCCGUCCCUUGUCUAUCUAACACUGCAGCAACCACAGCUCACUGACCCCAACUUUAAAAGACAGACACAAACAUUGUUUUAAAAUUGACCUGUCACUCAUUCUAAAGUAAUGAUUGUACUGAAUCAUUCAUUCAUCAUUCAUUCAUCUUCCACUUCAACCUUUUUAGUUGCUGGAGCACAGACAACCCUAGCAAUAAUCAGGUGUGGUUACACCCUGGAACAUGGUCUGUACCAGGACUGUUGAACCUAACGUUAGCUACAGGACUGUUGAACCUAACGUUAGCUACAGGACUGUUGAACCUAACGUUAGCUACAGGACUGUUGCAACAACUAAUGUCAGUUGUUUAAAGCUCGUUCUCUCGUUUUUCUUCUGAUACAGUAUUUAUAUCAGAAGAAAGACACAGGUAGAGUUCCAUUUGAGUUGGAUUACUAGACAAACUAAUCAACAUUGUGACUCCACCCAUGUAAAAAGAUAUGAAUAGAAAUGAAUAUAAUGAAUAGAAUUUCUGCUCUUCUGACACCUGUGUGUAAUGUAAAAACCGUUAAAUAAUCAUCACAAUUUAAUUUUUACUUUUUGGUUUUUAAUGUUUAAUGUUUUCUUCUACCCAUAAUGCAUUUGUGAGUUUGCUGGUAUAUGUUAUGUAAAUAGUAACAAAGUAAAUCCAAACAAAUGAAAUGUGUUGUAUUUGUUUAAACUUUAUUUUGUAGUAAUGAGCUGCCUCCACCUUCUUGGAUGGAUGCGCACACACACAGUUUCUGCGCAAUUUUGUUGUCAUGUACUCCUUUUUUAAAUUGUUGUUUACAAGAUGGAAACUGAAAAUAAAUUUGCACAUAUCUCCUAA